CGCCCCACAGUCACUCUUGCGCCUCUGUGCCUCUGCACAGCCACAGGGGCAAAGCCUUGUCACCCCCCACCCCCCAAGAUCCGGUCAUCAGGGAAAAGAACUGGGAGACCAGAAGAGGGCCAGCUGGGGUGAGGGGGCGGAGGCCCAGAAAGCAGCAUCUGAGAAGAGCAGGGUCCAGGAGGCCAGGGGCCCAGAGAACAGACUCCCCUCAGAAGUGGAGAAGAGGAGAACGGAAGGAACCAAGGGAGGGACAGACGUGAGCCUGAGGAGGAAAGAGGUGGGGGAGUGGGGUCAGGCCCGGCGGGAGCCAAGGAGGAGGCGUGUGGCUGGGGGCUGCCRGCAGGAAGCCGGGGACAGGACUGGCCUGGAGUGGUGUCCCCUGGAGGAGCAGCAUCCCCCAGAGCCCGGCAGAAGCACCAGUGGUCAGGCCAGGAUGUGCCUCUGAGGGUCACCGCGGAACACCUCACCAUGGCCCCCGGCACACUCUGGAGCUGCUACCUCUGCUGCCUGCUGACUGCCGCCACAAGGGCUGCCAGCUACCCUCCUCGAGGUUACAGCCUCUAUACAGGGGGCGGCGGGGCCCUCAGCCCCGGAGGGCCCCAGGCCCAGAAUGCUCCCCGRCCUGCCAGCCGCCACAGGAACUGGUGUGCCUAUGUGGUGACCCGGACAGUGAGCUGUGUCCUUGAAGAUGGAGUGGAGACCUUCGUCAAGCCAGACUAUCAGCCCUGUGGCUGGGGCCAGCCCCAGUGUCCCCGAAGCAUCAUGUACCGAAGCUUCCUCCGCCCUCGCUACCGUGUGGCCUACAAGACAGUGACAGAUAUGGAGUGGAGGUGCUGUCAAGGGUAUGCAGGAGAUGAUUGUGGGGAAGGUCCUGCCCCAGCAUUGGGCCCUGCACCCUCCACACCACUCCCCCGGCCCCGGCCUGCCCGUCCCAACCUCUCUGGCUCCAGUGCUGGCAGCCACCUCAGUGGACUAGGAGGAGAAGGUCCUGGAGAGUCAGAGAAGGUGCAGCAGCUGGAGGAGCAGGUGCAGAGCCUGACCAAGGAGCUGCAAGGCCUUCGGGGAGUCCUGCAGGGACUGAGUGGGCGCCUGGCAGAAGAUGUGCAGAGGGCUGUGGAGACAGCCUUUAAUGGACGGCAGCAGCCAGCAGAUGCAGCUGCCCGCCCUGGCGUGCAUGAAACACUCAAUGAGAUCCAGCACCAGCUGCAGCUCCUGGACAACCGAGUCUCCACCCACGACCAGGAACUGGGCCACCUCAAUAACCACCACAGUGGUGGCAGUGGUGGAGGCGGUAGGGCCCCAGCCCCUGUCCCAGCCCCUCCUGGCCCCAGUGAGGAGCUGCUACGACAGCUGGAGCGGCGGCUUCAAGAGUCCUGCUCUGUGUGCCUGGCUGGGCUGGAUGGCUUCCGCCAGCAGCAGCAGGAGGACAGGGAGCGGCUUCGAGCACUGGAGAAGCUACUGGCCUCUGUGGAAGAGCGGCAGCGGCAGCUCACAGGGCCUGCUAUGGGCCGCAGGCCCCCUCAGGAAUGCUGCCCUCCAGAGCUGGGCCGACGACUGGCAGAGUUGGAGCGCAGGCUGGACGUAGUGGCCGGCUCAGUAACAGUGCUGAGUGGGCGGAGAGGCACUGAGCUGGGAGGAGCUACUGGGCAAGGGGGACACCCCCCAGGAUACACCAGCUUAGCCUCCCGCCUCUCUCGCUUGGAGGACCGCUUCAACUCCACCCUGGGUCCCUCAGAGGAGCAGGAGGAGGGCUGGCCUGGGGGUCCUAGGGGGCUGGGCCUCUGGCUGCCUGCUGCCCAGGGCCGCCUGGAGAGGUUGGAGGGACUACUAGCCAAUGUGAGUGGGGAGUUGGGUGGGCGUCUGGAUCUGCUGGAAGAGCAGGUGGCAGGGGCUGUGCAGGCAUGUGGGCAGCUCUGCUCUGGGGCUCCUGGGGAUCAGGACUCUCAGGUCAGUGAGAUCCUCAGUGCCUUGGAGCGCAGGGUACUGGACAGUGAGAGCCAGCUGCGACUGAUGGGCUCAGGUCUACACAAGGUGGGAGCAGCAGGGGAGGCCCAGCAGGCCACGCUAGAGGGACUGCAAGGGAUUGUGGGCCAGCUCCAAGAGCGUGUGGAUGCACAGGAGAAGACGGCUACAGAGCUCACACUGCAGCUGAAUCUCACAGUGGCACAGCUGAGCCAAUUGAAGGGUCUUUUGCAGGCCCGUGGGGACGAGGGCUGUGGGGCCUGUGGCGGUGUCCAAGAAGAGCUGGGCCGUCUACGGGAUGGUGUGGAGCGUUGCUCCUGCCCUCUGUUACCUCCACGGGGUCCUGGGGCUGGCCCGGGCGUUGGAGGACCAAGCCGUGGGCCUCUAGAUGGUUUCAGCGUGUUCGGGGGCAGCUCUGGCUCUGCCCUACAGGCCCUGCAAGGAGAGCUCUCUGAGGUCAUUCUCACCUUUAGCUCCCUCAAUGACUCACUGCAUGAGCUCCAGACCACUGUGGAGGGACAGGGUGCUGAUCUGGCUGACCUGGGGGCCACCAAGGACAGCAUCAUAUCUGAGAUUAACAGAUUGCAGCAGGAGGCCACAGAGCAUGCUACAGAGAGCGAGGAGCGCUUCCGAGGCCUGGAGGAGGGACAGGCACAGGCUGGCCAGUGCCCGAGUCUGGAGGGGCGAUUGGGCCGUCUUGAGGGAGUCUGUGAGCGUUUGGACACUGUGGCAGGGGGACUACAGGGCCUGCGCGAGGGCCUUUCCAGACACGUGGCUGGGCUCUGGGCUGGGCUACGGGAAACCAACAGCACCAGCCAGACACAGGCAGCCCUGCUAGAGAAGCUGCUGGGGGGUCAGGCAGGCCUGGGCAGACGGCUAGGUGCCCUCAACAGCUCCUUGCUGCUCCUAGAGGACCGUCUGCAACAGAUCAGCCUGAGGGACCUCACUGGGCCUUCUGGUGAGGCUGGGCCUCCAGGGCCUCCUGGUGUACAGGGACCCCCAGGCCCUGCUGGACCUCCAGGACUUCCAGGCAAGGAUGGACAAAAGGGGCCUAUUGGUCCACCAGGUCCCCAGGGUGAACAGGGAGUGGAGGGGGCACCAGCAGUGUCUGUGCCUCGGGUGGCAUUUUCAGCUGCCCUGAGUUUGCCCCGGUCUGAACCAGGCACAGUCCCCUUUGACAGAGUCCUGCUCAAUGAUGGAGGUUACUAUGACCCAGUGACAGGUAUAUUCACCGCACCACUGUCCGGACGCUAUUUGCUGAGCGCAGUGCUGACUGGGCACCGACACGAGAAAGUGGAGGCAGUGCUGUCGCGCUCUAACCUGGGCGUGGCCCGCAUAGACUCUGGCGGCUACGAGCCUGAGGGCCUGGAGAACAAGCCGGUGGCAGAGAGCCAGCCCAGCCCGGGUGCUCUGGGCGUCUUCAGCCUCAUCCUGCCGCUGCAGGCGGGGGACACAGUCUGCAUCGACCUGGUCAUGGGGCAGCUGGCACACUCGGAGGAGCCACUCACCAUCUUCAGUGGAGCGCUGCUCUAUGGAGACCAGGAGCUUGAACAGGCGUAGGGGGGACUGGCCUGACCGCCAGGAUGGUCUACACCCACCACAGGGCCAGCGGGGCGUCGGGAUCCUGGGGCUCCCGGCCUGGUUCGGGACACCCAGCCUUCGGCAAUCCGCCGCACCUGGCCCCGCCACGAUACAGGCGCACACAGCGACCUCUCCCCAUGCCAGGUGCGCGCCGGCUCAGGGACUUUGGCCUCCCUUUGUCCAGACUGAGUCUGACCAAUGUCCCUUCCAGAAUGCCCUCCAGGACCCGGAAUGCGGUGGAGGAGCCGAUCCUCGCACCCUUUGCGCCCUCAACCUGAGCUCUAGGCCGAAUGGCCGGCUCCUGGGCUAUGCCCAGMGGGCUCCGGCCCAUAGCGCCAUACUAAACAAUUCAGGAAUAAAGACACUUGGUUUUU